AUGGCGUUCCUCUAGCAGCACCCGUGAGCUCCCCGGAUAGCACACCCCGCCGGCAACAAUGGCGGCGUGCAACAGCAUGCUUCUGUACCACUUCCUCGGGCUAGCCUCCCUGGCGGCAGUGUUCUACUUCUCCCUCCUCGGCGAGGUGAACCUCCGCUUCCCGGGCCUCCUCCCGUCCCCACGCAGCUCCAUGAUCCAGCCUCAGCCCCACGACGCGUCCCUCCCCUUCGUGGAGCGGCGCGGCGUGCAGCUGUUCCUGGAGGACCGGCCAUUCUACAUCAACGGGUGGAACUCGUACUGGCUCAUGGCCCAGUCCGUGGAGACGUCGAGCCGGCACCGCGUGUCCGGCAUGUUCCGCGCCGCCACCGGGAUGGGGCUCACCGUGUGCCGCACCUGGGCCUUCAACGACGGCGGCUACAACGCGCUCCAGCUCGCCCCGGGGCGCUUCGACGAGCGCGUGUUCCAGGCGCUGGACCGGGUGCUGGUGGAGGCCCGGCAGCACGGCGUGCGCCUCAUCCUCAGCCUGGCCGACAACCUGGAGGCGUACGGCGGGAAGACGCAGUACGUGAAGUGGGCGUGGGACGAAGGCGUCGGCCUCACCGCCUCCAACGACUCCUUCUUCUUCGACCCCGCCAUCCGCGACUACUUCAAAGUCUACAUCAAGGCAUUGCUCACAAGGAAGAACCACUUGACGGGGGUGCUGUACAAGGACGACCCUACCAUCUUGGCGUGGGAGCUGAUGAACGAGCCCAGAUGCAUCACAGAUCCGUCUGGUAACACUCUGCAGCGCUGGAUCGAGGAGAUGGCGUCGUACGUGAAAUCGAUCGACAGGAGGCAUCUGCUGACCGUCGGCACGGAGGGGUUCUACGGCCCGACGAGCCCUCCGGAGAAGCUGAGCGUCAAUCCGGGGCAUUGGUUCAACAACUACGGCCUGGACUUCAUUCGCAACUCCAAGAUCUCGGACAUCGACUUCGCCUCCGUCCAUCUCUACCCCGACAACUGGCUGCAGAAGGCCAAUCUGGAAGAGAAGCUCAAGUUCGUGGCGCAGUGGGUGAGCUCCCACUUCGAGGACGGCGACAAGGAGCUGAACAAGCCGGUCCUGCUGACGGAGUUCGGGCUGUCGCGCCUGGUGAAGGGCUUCGACCAGUCCCACCGCGACGCCUUCUACAAGGCGGUGUACGACAUCGCGCACGAGUCGGCGCAGAGGGGCGGCGCCGGUGCCGGCGCCAUGGUGUGGCAGCUCGCCGUGGAGGACACGGUGUGCGCCUGAUUCUCUCUGACGCGGGUUUGCGGUGAGAUUCAGAGAUUGUGUGUGUGUGUGCUCCAACUCCAUAUCGACACGAAACGGAUCCAAAGAGAGAUCCAUGGUGCAUGUGCCGGCCUGCCACCGGUUGUGUGUGCUCGGCGCCGACGUCGGCAGACCUGACCCGUUGUUUCCGUAUUUUGUUUGCUGUGUUGUUGUACUUGUACCUGCCCUUGACCUUUGAUAUUCAAGUCAUUGUCGAGUGGCAGAAGAGGCCGAUUAUAUAUAGUCCUCAAAUAGUGUUUUCCUGCAUCAAGAAAUAUUUAUAUGUCUGUAAUAAGCAUAAGAAAUAGAGAGCCAUGUACUGCGUGAAA